AUGAACACAGGCACUUGGCGAAACGCAGUGGGGAAACCCGUAUACGUCCUGGAAAGAUAUCGAAAAGUGUCUUAUGAAGCCCAUCUGCCUCAAGACCAGGACUUGGUGUAUAACUUUGUCUGCUCUCUCUGGGAACCCGUCAAGAUCAAGGCCUGGCCGAUCCUCACCGUCCGAUUACCAUUGUGCAAUCAAGGAAGCAAGGCAGGAGUUCCGGCUGAACUGAAUUACAUUGUCAAAUUCUUAACGCCGAUCAUCGGUGAUUUAUUCAAGCAUCACAAGGAAAUUGAACGGCAAUGGGGUGAUGUCGUUCACGAUACCUUGAAACAAGAAGAAGAAGCCCUGCUUAAGGACAAUGAUGCACGAUGCAAGGGUCUGAUGCCAGAUGGCUGCGUCAAUUCGAAAAAUUAUGGUGUGAUGAUCGCAUUGAUGGAAGUGAGUGGGCUCCCGAAUACGAAACAUCAUGCGCGCUUGGUGGGGGUCAAAAUCAAGCUGGCCAAGAUGUUGAAGCGGCUUUUGAAGAAAGUACGACGGACGCUGAAGCAGGAGGGUGAUGCUGAUUUAUAUCUCAAAAUAAAGCUCACCGACCGAAAGCGUACGUGUAUCGAUGAGACAGCUCACGGAUUGUACAUUUGCCAAGAAGAAUUCCAUUUUUAUCCGGCGUGUCUUCGAUAA